GGGAAAAGGAUGUUGCUCUUUGUCGAGCUGUUGUGGACUGAAUGAUAACCUCUUCUUUCUCCAUAUAGGCUGAUCAGCUGACCGAAGAGCAGAUUGCCGAAUUCAAGGAAGCUUUCUCCCUAUUUGACAAAGAUGGUGAUGGCACCAUCACAACAAAGGAACUUGGAACUGUCAUGAGAUCACUGGGUCAGAACCCAACAGAAGCUGAAUUGCAGGAUAUGAUCAACGAAGUGGAUGCUGACGGUAAUGGCACCAUUGACUUCCCAGAAUUUUUGACUAUGAUGGCUAGAAAAAUGAAAGAUACAGACAGCGAAGAAGAAAUCCGCGAGGCAUUCCGAGUCUUUGACAAGGAUGGCAACGGUUACAUCAGUGCGGCAGAGCUACGCCACGUCAUGACAAACUUAGGAGAAAAACUAACAGAUGAAGAAGUAGAUGAAAUGAUCAGAGAAGCAGAUAUUGAUGGGGAUGGACAGGUCAACUAUGAAGAAUUCGUACAGAUGAUGACUGCAAAAUGAAGACCUUCUUUCAACAAUUCCUUUUUCCCCCCUCUAGAAGAAUCAAAUUGAAUCUUUUACUUACCUCUUGCAAAAAAAAAAAAAAAAGUUCAUUUACUCAUCUGUUUCUAUAUAGCAAAACUGAAUGUCAGAAGUACCUUCCGUCCACACACACAAUCUGCAUGUGCUGGUUGGUGGUCCUGUCCCCUAAAGACCCAGCUACACUUCGGUUUUACAAUAUGAAUACUUGUACCUUAAUGAUAAGGAAGCACUUAGUGGAUCCUUGCAGCUCCAUUUGCUAACGAUGACCACACCGUUUGGGCUGGCCAGUUUUUCAUGCAUGCAGCUUGACAAUUGAGCACAAGUCAGGCAUUUGUAUUAAAAAUGAAAAAUGAAAAAACAAAUUCAAAACCUAUUCAAAUAGGUUCUAGUUCAAUUUGUUAGUAUAAAUGGUCACAGCUGGUUUAUCGAAAACACACAUUUCAGAUGGGCUUGCCUCAGGAUUCCGUGCGGGAGAACAGGCGCAGGGUGGCAUCUAGACGGCCCGAGGGCGGUGCGCCCCCGUGUACGGCCACGCUGGCACGCCCUGGUGGCACGCCCACUUGGGGCUUAGCCUGGUCUGCAUUGUGCUAGAGCAAAAUGGGUGUCAGGCCGUCACCAUUCACACAAAUUUUUAAAAAAAACCAAGCAAACUUUUUGUCAAGGGAGCAUCUUUGGACUCUCUGUUUUUAAAGCCUCCUGAACCGUGACUUGGAGCCAGCAGAGUAGGCUGUGGCUGUGGACUUCAGCACAACCAUCAACAUUGCUGUUCGAGAAAUUACAUUUUACGUCCAUUCCAAGUUGUACAUGCUAGUCUUUUUUUUUUUUUUUCCAAUAAAAAGACCAUUAACUUAAAGCGGUGUUAAAUGCUUUGUAAAGCUGAGGUCUAAACGGGACGAGGCAGUCGGAGGGAGGCCACUGCACUUUAAAUGCCCCUGCCCCCUGCUCCAGUUUCCGCCGUCCUGACACCCCGGCGUCAGCCUCUGAGCCCCAGACCUUGCCUACACCAAGCGAUAGCGAUGGCUUCACCGUCUUUAUGCGCUUGUAGGUCGACUUGGGCUUUCCUCGGGGGGAGGGCAGAGGUGAGUCACAGUAGUGUAGUGAUUAUUCAGGCAGCAGAGUUUCAAUGAAGGAAAAAAACUCUCAAGCAUGUCUCUAGGGGUUCUUGUCCGUUGUGCUGCUGAUUACCUGCUCCAUGUAACUACUUGAGACCAUCUGUGCAAGACAUGAUUUCGGGUGUGACUCAGCCCUCACUGCGUGUGAUAGAAGCCAUAGUCACUUCUCAGCCACCAUCCCGUACCUGAAAGUCACUAUCAGUCACCUUUUGACUUAAGAUGGUUCUUUUACUUAACCUAUGGUUUUUUUUUUUCCUUAAAGUCGACUUUGCUUUCUAUCCCCCAGGUAUCACUAAUGCUAGCCCCCAGCUUGAGAGGAAAACUCCCAACCAGAGUGAAUUUUGUACUGAGUUAUAAACCUGAAGCAAAGCUAGCAGCUGAGGAUACUGCUUUUUGCAGUGGGAUCGGUAUCCUUCAGAAGCCCCCGUAGGGCUGUAUUGUGUGAGUGCAGAACUUCAGGAAUGAAGGCUGUUGGUUUUUCUGCUGUUAGCUGUAUCUUAUUAGUAAGGAGAUUGGGUUUUCAGUGCAGGGGGGUAGGGAAGGCUUUGAUUUGCCGGGGAAUAGGCAGGCUACUGGCGAGCCCCUGAGAAGCUGGUGGCAGCCGAGCUGGUGCAGUCGGGCUGACGGUACGGAGACCCUUGGCUUCCCCCUCUCCUGCUCCCUGUCUCGCUGUUGGGUCGCAGCUCACGCGGCCCUGCUGAUGGGGCGGGUCAGAGCAGUGGAGAGGAGUGCGCCCAUCUGCCUCUGCUGCUGCUCCCGAGACUGGGUGGCUGGUGCAAGAGAGUGGGCACCCUGGACUAGGGUUGGGUUUUGUCACCCUGAAUCUCAGAGGAACAUCUAAGAGACCUUGGGGGUCUCUGGUGAGAUGGGAGGGCCCAGGACUCCUGGCUCAAGUAGGUUAACAAGACCUGCGUGCUCCUUGCAGUGAGGUCAAAUGGCCCAGCUAGACCUGUCUGAGGCCUCUGGUCAGUGACCCGGUGGUCUCAGUGGGUUGGGGGUGCUUUGACUUGUUUUUAAAACAUGGCCUGUUCUCUCAUCCUCUCACCUAGUCUUUUUGGAAGCCUAGGUGCACUCCAUUUUAGUGGGCCCACAGCUUUUCCUAAAAGACUCUGAACCACACUCCCGUGUGGCCAGGACUCUUCUUGUCCUGUGUGGGACCAGAAGUGGGCCCCCAGGGAAUGCUGAGCUCCGGUUAGGUGCAGAGGUGAAGCCCAGCCCACUAGCCUGUUCCUCUGGCAGGGGAGGGGACUGUCAGCCCAGGGGCUGGGCGUCGGCAGUCCCUGAGCGAGGUGUGGUAGCUGGAUGUGGUAGCAGUCCUCUUAGAGCUGGGUAGCACCUUCCUGUAAACUCUUGCCCCUACUUCUAACUGCUCUAUAAAUAUAUACAUAUAUUUAUAUAUAUAAAGUGACUAGUUUAACUGGCAUCCCGCUUGAGCCUGAGACUUGCCAUAAAAAACUGCUGAGUUCUUGGCAAACACUUUCAUAGUUUUGUUCUCCAUCUGUUUAGGGUAAGUGUGGAGCAAGGCAAAUGUGUCUCGCUACUUCAGACAGGCUUCUGACGCGCUCGUGCCAAGGAAGGCUUUUUCUGAUCUUUUGACAAACGAAUUUUUGCACACACUUAAUUGGUGUCUUUCGGCAACUGCAACACAUCGGAAAUUAGCUACUGUACAUAUUUUUAUAUUCUCUUUAUAAAAUGCAUGUCUGGCUGUACUUGUAACCACGUAACGGUGGCGGUUGGGCAGGCCCAGUGUGCUCAGGCCGGUCCCUGGCCGCCCGUUAGGCCCUCAGCAUACUGGGAACUUCCUGAACAAAGAAUGUACAUUUGGUCAAGUCUGCUCUCUGUUCACUUGAUUCUUUUAAACUCUGGAAUUAAUUACUGUAUAUCCUAAAUACAUUUCUCUUUUUGGCAGUGACUAGACCCCACGAAUGUGUCUUAAUCUAAUCUAUCCCUUCAGCUGGCAGUUAACUUUUUUUUUUUUUAACCCCUUGAAGUCCUGUAGGAGAGAUUCUUUGCGGUCCGUACCCCUUGGAGUAAGAAGGUAGUGGCGAGGGUGGAGUGUGUGUUCGUUCUCCAAAUCUAUUACCAUGUGCAUUUGUGUAGCAAGGAUAUGGUAGUUCCUUUGUUAGCAGAGUUACCCUUCACCGUGGGCUAUUGGAAAAGGAGAUGUACUUGAACGUUUCUGUAAAUCUUGAGCUAUUUACUGUUUGGAGAUUUAACCACCUCUGAUGGGGACCAAUUCUAUGGAAAUUGUAAAUAAGUUUAUUUAUAAACCUGGCACUGUAUUCAAUAAACAUUUCUGCAGCCCUCCA